AUGUCAUUUGAAGAACUCCCUGCUGAAAUACUCAGCCAGAUAGCGUUCCAACUCCCCCAACAAGAUGCUCUCCACUGGGGAUAUACUUGCAAGCAAGUGUAUUCCAUUGUUCAACCAAUUCUCUACCAUUGCAUCGAGGUGAACUCUCAAAACAAGACGUUCAGUGCUGGAUCAGCAAGUGAAGGGUUGCUGUCUGUGACUAUUCCCAACUAUUUUAAUGACGAAACAAGUUUUUGCAUGAGAUCAGUGAAGGUUUCCACUCUUUUCUCUCUCAAGAGGUUCUUCUCAACUCUUCAGGAUAACCCCCAGUUGUUGAAGCAUAUUCGCUAUCUCUCAUUUCAUAAAAGGGUUCCCGACAUGCCCGAUAUAGAACUUCAGUUUAACCUUUCUUCGCUUCUCAAGGGAAUGACUAACAUCAAGGUAUUCCAGUGGUAUAACCAUUCCUACAAUUUGCCUAUGGAGUUGAUUUCUGGGGCCACCGCAAUGUCAUGCUUGGCAGAAGCCCUGGGAAACUUCUCCAUGGCAAAUCUGCCCGGUUAUUUUUGGCCAAAUUUGAGGACACUAAACAUUUCAAAUUACCUGGACCCAAAUUUCUUGAAACAGUUAAACCUUGGCGAUUUUCCUAAUUUGACUGAACUAGUCAUUUCGCGAGGACCUACUUCAAGCAACAUUUUCAACAGGUAUGAAGAUGAAAAGGUCCCAGAGUAUGUCUGUGUUGAUAACAGUGGCAGCCAAUGCGUUGCGAAUUUGUUCCAGAACUUUAACUCACCGAGAAAGCUCCAGCUCAGAUCCCUUACUUUAAAGGAUACCACAUUAACAUUCGAAGAUGCAAAGAUACUUGCGCAUCACAUAGAAAUGGCUGCUCUUCAAGAGCUUUCGAUAAUAAACUGUUUUGAACUCUUAUAUGAACAAAACGAUUUUCAGAAUAUAAGGAGAAGAAGAUUCAGAGUGCAGAGUUUCUUACAGGCAUUGGCUCCUCGAAUUUCUCGCUUGAAGACAUUAAAUAUCUACUUGACCAAUGAACUUAACUACAACAACAAGACAUUAGGAUUUUUGAGCAAACUUCACCAAUUGCAAUCUUUGAAUUUGAUCAUGAACUUCAACAAGUUUGAAGACUUGAAGACCAAUAUCCAAGGGGUUUUCCAAAGCUUAUGUAACGGGCACCUCAACAGAAGUUUAAAAUUCCUCAAUUUUGACUACAAUGUUGUAAACUCAGGAUCAACUCCAAUAGUGGGGCAUUACAAUACAGAAAAAGACAUGGGCUCAAGCUAUACUCCUGAUGUGUUACAGGUUUUGGAUAACUUUGUCAAUCUUCAGCAUUUGAGGUUACCCAUCAGCGAGUGCUACUUAGCAAAGUUCUACGCCAUUGCUAGAAACAUCCACAGGUUAGAAACGCUUAGGUUAGACUUCAGCAAAUCUAUCAAGAAGCCAGAAAAAGCAUUCAGUUCGUUAAUCCAUGAAGAUUACUUCACAAUGAUGAAGGUUCCUUCCUUUGAAGCUAAUUACAAUCUCGUUUCAAUGUUCGCAAGAGACUUGAAGAAGGAGAUAGACAAUUUAAAGACAGUUAUAUUUCAGUAUGAUAGAGACGACAAGGCCAGCAACCGCAAUAUUACUUGCAGUUACAAUUAG